AUGGGUUUGAUGGAAAAAUUCAAGAUUAAAUCGAGUAAAGAUGAUGAUGAUAAUUCCAUCAAAUUACCUCCAAUUAAUAGCAAUAAUUAUUCUAAUACUAAUUUUCGAAUAAUUCCUGAGGAAAGUUCUUUAAACAAUGUCAAGAAUUUGAAGAAUACAAAAGUAAUCAAGAUUGAAAAUUCAAAACUCAUGAUGAAAACAAUGCAAAUUGUGCAAGAUUCAAUUUUUGAUUUUCUUACCAUUGUCGAUUUGAUUCAAAUUGAAUCGGCUUGUCAUGCUUUUAAUGAGAUGGUAGUUUCGUAUUUUGAAAGUAGAAAUGCUGUUUGGUGGGCAAGAGCUUGGCAAAUUCACUUUCUUAAUGAAAUGGACAAGGAGAUUGAUUCUAAUUAUCAAUCGGUUAUUGGAACUAUCAAUUCGAGAACUGAAAAUACCUCAACACGAAAUACUUAUACUGCCAGUAGAAAUUCAAUUGAGGAAAUUGAAAAUAAUUAUCCAUUUGUGUAUUCAAAUAAUCAAAACGAAACAACUGACGAUACAAAUGACGAACCAAAUGAUGAAUAUUACGGACAAAGGAAUUAUACUGAACUAGUCAUUGAUUCCAAACAGCAAAUUGAUCAAUUAUUCGAAAAUGGAGGAUUCAUCCAAGAUGCCACUCAUUUAAAAUACUCAUCCAGUGGUAAGAGUGGCUCAGCAGAUGGCAUAUUCUCAAUUCCUCUCAUCAACUUGAUUGAUUUUAAAGAAAAUAUUCCUUCACACUCCUUCUCCCAACGAGAAAAACACGAAAGAUCACCAAUUGUUCUGACAAUUGAAUCUUUUUUAAGGAAAUUCUUCAAAUUACUUUUGAAUAAUUGGUGGCUCGCCUCCAGAAAUCAAAAAUCAAAAAAUCAAAACACAAAUGAAGAACAACUCAUUCUCACAAAUUCACACAUCUCACGAAAGCAACAGAGAGGUUACGAUAAAUAUGGACCUGUCUACAGUACAGAGAAUAUCAAGACAUUUUCAAUUAGGUAUAGAGCACAUAACACACCUGAAACUAUUCUUUGCUCCCUCACUAAUGUUUGUUCAUACUAUGGAUAA